UGAGUCGUGCUGGGUAACGGCCUUGGCGACAAACCGGACAGCACCGGCCCCCUCGGGCAGGCUUUCCUGUUGCCGUUCGUUGUGCUGUUGGAUGGGGAAACUGAGGCAGAUAAAUACUUCCCUGGGUCGUAGGACCAGAAUCUGAAUCCACACAUUUUGCUCCAGAGUCUGAAUUUUAACCACUGCUUUGUGCUCCCUCUCUACUGCUUCUCAGUGAAUUUUUGGAUGAAGCCAUUAAACUAAUUGCUUGCCAUCAUGAGCAGAAGUAAGCGGGACAGCAAUUUUUAUAGUGUAGAAAUUGGAGAUUCUACAUUCACAGUCCUGAAACGAUAUCAGAAUUUAAAACCUAUAGGCUCAGGAGCUCAAGGAAUAGUAUGUGCCGCUUAUGAUGCCAUUCUUGAAAGAAAUGUUGCAAUCAAGAAGCUAAGCCGGCCAUUUCAGAAUCAAACUCAUGCUAAGCGGGCUUACAGAGAGCUAGUUCUUAUGAAAUGUGUUAAUCACAAAAAUAUAAUUGGCCUUUUGAAUGUUUUCACACCACAGAAAUCCCUAGAAGAAUUUCAAGAUGUUUACAUAGUCAUGGAGCUUAUGGAUGCAAAUCUUUGCCAAGUGAUUCAGAUGGAACUAGAUCAUGAAAGAAUGUCCUACCUUCUCUAUCAGAUGCUGUGUGGAAUCAAGCACCUUCACUCUGCUGGAAUCAUUCAUCGGGACUUAAAGCCAAGUAAUAUAGUAGUAAAAUCAGACUGCACUUUGAAGAUUCUUGACUUUGGACUUGCCAGGACUGCAGGAACUAGUUUUAUGAUGACACCUUAUGUAGUGACUCGCUACUACAGAGCACCUGAAGUCAUCCUAGGGAUGGGCUACAAAGAGAACGUUGACAUUUGGUCAGUUGGGUGCAUCAUGGGAGAAAUGAUCAAAGGUGGUGUUUUGUUCCCAGGUACAGAUCAUAUUGAUCAGUGGAAUAAAGUUAUUGAACAGCUUGGAACACCGUGUCCUGAAUUCAUGAAGAAACUACAACCAACAGUAAGGACUUAUGUUGAAAACAGACCUAAGUAUGCUGGAUAUAGCUUUGAGAAACUCUUCCCCGAUGUACUUUUCCCUGCCGACUCAGAACACAACAAACUUAAAGCCAGUCAGGCAAGGGAUUUAUUAUCCAAAAUGCUGGUCAUUGAUGCAUCUAAAAGGAUCUCUGUAGAUGAAGCUCUUCAGCACCCAUACAUCAAUGUCUGGUAUGAUCCUUCUGAAGCAGAAGCUCCACCACCAAAGAUACCUGACAAGCAGUUAGAUGAAAGGGAACACACGAUAGAAGAGUGGAAAGAAUUAAUAUACAAGGAAGUUAUGGACUUGGAGGAGAGAACCAAGAAUGGAGUUAUACGCGGACAGCCCUCUCCUUUAGGUGCAGCAGUGAUCAAUGGCUCUCAGCAUCCAUCGUCAUCGUCGUCUGUCAAUGAUGUGUCUUCAAUGUCAACAGAUCCAACUUUGGCCUCAGAUACAGACAGCAGUCUAGAAGCCUCAACGGGACCACUAGGCUGCUGUAGAUGACUACUUGGGCCUUGGGGGGUGGGGGCAGGGUGGGAGGGAUGGGGAGUCGUUUAGUCAUUGAUAGAACUACUUUGAAAACUAAAAGUAAGUCAGUGGUCUUAUUUUGAGUGAUUUCAAAAAGGUAGAAUUCAUUUUGUAGUAAAGUAGUUUAUUUUUUUUAAUUUCAAGUGAUGUAAUUUAAAACUUAAGUUGUGUUUUAAAACAGCAACAAAACGUAUUAUAUUUUUGCUGUAAUUAACUGUAUAAUGUAAACCUAAUUAUUUUAUCAUGGUUUAAAAUUUUUGCAUAUUUGCUUUAUCUUAUGCUGCUGAUUUUUUUUACUGAAUUUAUAAGAUUUUGUUUAUCAAAGCAACUAUUAUGUGGUGACUUGCCUAUAUCAUGAAUUAUUUAAGAUUUUUAUAGUUUUUUUUAAUUUGAAAUUAUUUCAAAUGUUCACGAUGCUGUCCUUCAGGGUUAUGUGCUUAUCAAUGAAAUAAUCACAGAAGAGUGAGAGGGAAUAACUUGUAGCCACUUAUAUUCAGGAAUAACUACUGUAAAUGAUGAACAUGUUUUUAAAAAAAGAACCUCCAGAUUUGCUACUUGCCAAACCUAAUUUAGUUAAGCAAUUGGUGUACAGUCCUACAAGAAUUUUGGCAAAAGCCCCAUCAUCUAAAUGACAGAAUAACUCGGAGCAUGUCUUUGAAAAUGCUGGGCAUCUACCACCACCCUUCUAUUCCCCCAACCACACCUAACAAAUGUGAAGUGAAAAGAAGGUGGUGUUUUCUGCAAAUCUGUGGCAUGCUCAAAGCUUAUGAUCACAUAAAAUCAAGAGGAUACUUAAUAAAUAAUACAUUUCAAUGCAAAUAAAAACAUGGUUCACUUCUACUAGCUAUGAGCCUAUUUUCAUACACACUGAGUUAAUCUGCUCAGGCUGUAGGCCCCAGUGAUGAUCUGGUCUUUCUCCUCCCUGCAGCCUCAAGCCCUUGGACCUUUUUGGUUUCCUGUUAGAGUGUCAGUCAGUUGAGCACCAGUUUGGGCGUUUCUGGCCAUUUGAUUCUACCUGUAGCAUAAUCAUGUUUUUGCAAGCUGUUCGGAGGUUCCAAAGCCUACUAGAUAUUUGUAGGUAAUGUAUCAAAUGAGCAAUAUACUGUUCAUCAGAAAAUAGUAGCACACAGCCAUAUAUAAGGUAUCAUUUUCCUAGGACUGUUUCUUCACACUGAGCAGAGCAGGCAUAAAUGGUGAUUAUUUAGUCUAAGGCUUUCAUUUUUUUAUAUCUGAUUUUCAGUGAAACACACACUGUGGGUGUUGAGUAGUGUAAGAACGGUGCUGCUCCUGACGAGUGGAUGUUAACUGUUUACAUUUUAUAUCUGCAGAAUUAUUUCUGCGUAACUGAAUUUUUCUUAAGUAAAAUGUCUUUGAAGUCUCAUCUCUAAAAUGCAUUGUCUCUAAUCCCCCAGGCACUUUUUGUUAUAUUUGGAACAAGAGAGAUUACAUGUCGUGAACUGGGAAAUGCAUACUUAAAUCAGUGACUGGGUUCUAGGCAGAAAGCUCAUUAGAAUUAAAGGCCAACAAGAGCAAGAACUGGUGUGGCUCAGCAUGUGGCGUCUGAAAGUUGGCUUGGCAUGUUAUUUGUGUAUUUAGUGCAAAACUCCUUUUGAGUAAAGUAUUUUAGAUUGUUGUUAAUGUGCAAUAUUUAGGAUUAAAUACAUUAGCCUUUUUAUAUGCUUUAAAACAGCAAGUUUGUUUUUGGUGGUUUAAAAGUCAUGAUUUCCUGUCUCAAAGUUACCAACCUUUGUAUCAAACCCUUUUCUACUCAUACAACAUGGUAUAUUAAUUUCAUUAAGCAGAUUAGAGUGUUGAGACUUUUUGAUUUGUAGAAACAGAAUUGGAUAUACAGAGGAAUCUGAGCAUAAGUGUGUUAUUAGUUUGUUAGUUUUACAGUUAAUUAGCUGUUUUCUAGGAUAGAUCAUUUCACUGUUGCACUUUAAUAACUGACAUGCUUUCAGAAGCUUCCCAUAUUUUGUUUGAUUGCUAGUAAGCCAUCUCUAUUGAUACAGAUUGUGGUUAAGCAAGGAAAACCAAGUGUUCUUAUUGUAUCAUUUGUUGUAAAUGCCAGCUCCCACUUGCCAACCAGCGUGUUUCAGUUGAUUCAGAGAAAAUGAACUCUUAUUAGUUAAUGUAGAUUAAAAAAUACUUAAACUCUG